AUGGGACCAGAAAACAUUCCCCUUAUGAAUGAAAUCAAUUUUAUGUCAAUGGAUACACUGAAUGGCCAAGACACCCUAACCAAUAUGGAAAUUACCAAUUUAAAAAGUGAUGACGACUCCCUGAAGCUGCACUCAAUCUCUGCAUGGAAUCAGGACAAUGAUGAUGGCACCGAUGGUGGCGGUGAUGACAGUGGUGCCAUAUUGGAUGACAAUAUAUCGCAAGUUGGUUCGGAUUAUUCCGAAUUCCCGGGCAAUGAAAUAUUUGGCCAGUCAAUGCCAUCGGAUAGCUAUGGUGAAGAUAUAAAAUAUCAUCCUGCCGAAAUGAUGUUACGACCAACAUCAUCCUCCGCCAUACAAUUCAAUUACAAUUUCCCACCCCUGCAUACGUUAACGCCCCAACAACAACAGCAGCAACAUCAUCAUCAGAAUAGUUCGCUGCAUCAGCCACAACAACAUCCCUCCCAAUGCUCACAACCUCCCAUCUAUGGUGGCGAUCAUCAUCGUCACAUUCCGUUACCUGAACGGCAUCUGUAUCAUCGGAAUUCUCGUGAUAUGUGUGAUUCGCCGACAACGGAUUAUAACCAAAAUUCUCAUCCUAGUCAAAAUUAUUUCCCUUCGAAUAUGUGGUAUCCCAAUGCACCGAUUGGUGGUUAUCGAUCCUAUGGAUCGCAUGUUUAUGGUCGGCAGUAUGGCGGACAAUUUCCACACGAUCAUAUGAUGGAUAUGUUUCAGCUUUCAAAUAGUGGUCGUGAAGCUCGAAAUCGUGCGGAAAAGAAUAGACGCGAUAAACUCAAUGGCUCAAUACAAGAACUCUCAACAAUGGUGCCACAUGUUGCAGAAUCUCCGCGACGAGUCGACAAAACGGCCGUUCUUCGUUUCUCCACCCACGGGUUGCGUCUUCAAUAUGUAUUUGGAAAAAGCCUUAACAAUGAAUCGGUUCAAACCACCGAUGCCCUCAUGAAAUUAUUACAAAGUUUCUUUCUGACAAUAACGUGUAGCGGUCAAAUUGUAUUGGUCUCAACGAGUAUAGAGGAACAUUUGGGUCAUUGUCAGACGGAUUUAUAUGGCCAGAAUAUUCUCCAUAUAACCCAUCCCGAAGAUCAUCAAAUGUUGAAGCAAAAACUCAUACCCACAGAUCUGGAUGCUCUAUUCGAUAUACAACCUGAAGAUGCAAAUGGUGAACCCAGACAACGAACUAAGGCUGAAGAAGAUGAAAUCGAUCGUCGAUUAAGAGAAGAUCGUCGUAGUUUUACCGUUAGGUUGGCAAGAGCUGGACCACGUUCAGAGGCUACCACAUAUGAAUUGGUAAAAAUCGAAGGUAGUUUUCGGCGCAGUGAUAUGGCUCCCAGGGGCCUAAAAACCAGUACCUUUCCCUCAACCCUGCAACUAAUGCGUCGAAGGUGUGGCCGUGAGGACAUGAUGCCAUUUCAUACGAUAAGUGGAAAUGAUAUUGUUUUAAUUGCCAUAGCAAGAAUUGUUCGACCACCGGUCAUCAAUCCUCUAAUAGAGGCCAAUCGCUUGGAGUACAAAACACGUCAUCUGAUUGAUGGUCGGAUUAUUGACUGUGAUCAACGUAUUAGUCUGGUAGCUGGUUAUAUGACCGGUGAGGUACGAAAUCUAAGUCCAUUCACAUUUAUGCAUCAGGACGAUGUGCGAUGGGUAAUUGUGGCGCUAAGGCAAAUGUACGAUUGCAACAGUUCAUAUGGUGAAUCUACGUAUCGACUCUUUACCCGCAAUGGAAAAAUUAUAUAUCUCCAUACCAAAGGAUUCCUUGAGAUUGACAAGAGCACCAACAAGGUACACUCAUUCAUUUGUGUAAAUACUCUGCUGAGCGAGGAGGAGGGCAAGAAACGUAUCGAACAUAUGAAAAAUAAAUUCUCUGUGAUUAUUGAUGCAAAAAUACCGCAAUCAUUCUCCGAGGUGCCGGCCUUGGAGAAUCCAUUGCAGCUGGAAAAGGCAGUUUUGUGUCUGAUACAAAAUUUACAACAUCCCAACACGGAUGCCGAUGAUGUGGACAGCGAAAUGAAUGCCCAUACCUCUCAAAGGGCCAACUAUCACAACAAUUAUCAGAAUUCAAAUUCCCAUCAUUCAAUGUCGGCUAAUCAUAUGGGCCGUUCGUCAAAAACGCCACCAUUGGCAUUGGUACCACCCGGUGCAGAUUCCAUAAAGCAUUCGAUAAAUAAAAGUGUUUCUGUUGUCAAAACAAUUGGUUGUAUAACCCAGACAAAUGAUUCAAUGGCAGGUCAACGGGGCAAUAGUGGCGGUGGUGGUGGUGUGGAUGAUAAUGGUUGUGGAGGAAGCUCUACCAGUGGUGAUAGUCGCCGUUAUUCCAGCAAUAUGGAUAGUGAUGAAUAUUCACCAAAUGGCGAUCAUCAAACUGGAUUAUCCUACACGAACUCAGGUGGUAGUGCCACAAAAAGAAAAUUGAAUUAUUCCACAUCGGAAAAUGAAGAUGAUGAUGAUUAUGGUCCACCAGUGCAACGAAGAGCCACAGAAAAUCGUUUAGCAGAUCCCGCCCAACAAAUCGACAAUGAUUUCAAUGUACAGCAUAGUGCAGCUAUGAAUAAUGGUAUCACAUUCGGUGAAGAUCGCACCUCUGGAGAUAUGAUUUCCGAUAAUCAGCAAGAAGACUUCUACUUAAUAUCAGAUGAUUUGGAAAAUGAGUUUCAAAACCAAGAAAGGUUUCUCAAUGGCAAUGGUGACAUCGCCGAAGGACGAUCUGAUGAUGAAAUAAAUUUCAAUAAUUCAAUGGCACCGAAUCAAACAUCCCCAAACCCGCCCGAAACAAGUUAUACAUCCUCCUCCUCCUCUCCGCAGAAGGUCACCGAAAGAAGUGCCGAAAAUAAUUAG